AAAGUGCAACGUUGAGGAGAUGGCUCAUGCACUUGAUGAGUUUUCGUAUAAACAGUUUAUACCAGAGUAUGAAAUAUCGAAUCUAAAGCUGAAAGUAAAUCAGAGGAUUACUCGUCCGUUUAUACCGAUGAUGUCGAAACUACGGAGAUCUUCUGCUAAAAUAGGUUCAACUGGAUUGGGCUGGAAGAAUAUAUCGAUAAAAUUGAGUUCAACCGGCGUUUUAUUCUUAUACACAGAGGAGAAUGCAUUAAUAAACUCAGUACCUCUCACUAAUCUCAGAAUGACCGAUAUUCGUCCUGUGGAUAACUCAGUCUACUCCGUCCCUAAUAUGAUAGUUAUACACACCCAUUCACUCUCACCAACACUGCUCAUAGGUCAAAAUAGCAGUGGCCACUCUAGUAGUAGCUAUUCCACACUCGGUUUACUUAAUAAUCUCAGACCAACGUCACCUAAAUCGUCACAGCGAUUAAGCCCUUCAGUCAAUCAAUUCAGUAACGCAAACACAGAUGAACCAAUCUUUAUAGCGUUCCCUUCUCGACGACAUAUGGUCGCAUAUCUCACCCUCCUUCGAUCAUGCACUAAAGCCGAUGUUUAUCACACUAGUAAAAACCCUCAUACUGGUUAUUUUAGAAUCUCAAGGCAACUAUCUAUAAAUGUAAUGGAAUUGCGACCUCCGCAGAAAGAUUUAUUAUCUUUGAAUCAAUCUGGCAACCCGGACGAUACUUCUAACGGGACACUCAACUCUCAUAAUGUUAAUUCAAUCAAUUCAUUAUCCUCAACAAGCUCAUCUGGAUUAUCACCUUCCUUGCAAAGGAGAUCCUCAACUCAUUUCACUGAAUCUUGCGAUACUUACGAAUGGUAUUGCGAAAUUUGGGAUCCAACUGGUUUAGCUUUCAAGACAUCAAUAAAAGUCGGUCAACAUCCUUUUUGGAAAGAGGAUUGUCUUUUACUUGAUUUACCAAAUUUAAAUUCAGUCACAAUAAAGAUAUUUAGGUCACUUUCUUCUCAUACUUUAUCAAAAGGUCAAUCAACUCUCUUUGGAACAGUUUUUAUUCCACUUAAAGCAUACCCACGUUUAUCAGAAGUAGAAAAAUGGUUUAACGUUAUUGGUGUUAAUGAUACAACUCUUGAAACUUCUAUUAGAGGUGAAUUGAGAUUGAGUUUGAGGGUUGAUGAGGAUGUUAUAUUACCGCAAAGUCGUUACAGUGAACUGUUUGAUAUCAUACGAGGUCAAAAUAGAGUGAAAGUUAUUCAUGAUCUAUCGUCAAUAUACCCAUCACUAGAACAUCUUGCUGAUACAUUGAUCAGCAUUUAUUCAGUGGAUUCAGAACUAUUAGUGUCAGUCAUAAAUGAUCUUGCUUAUAAGGAAAUAUGGUCAUCAAGAGCUGAUGAGAAUACAAUAUUUCGACCUAACACAAUAUUAACCAAAUUAAUGGAUCGUUAUAUGAACUUUAUGAGUCGUUUAACUGGUUGGUUGGAAGAUAGUCUGGGAGAGCCUAUCCGUGAAAUGAUAGAGAAGAAAGUUGAAUGUGAAUUAGACACUGAUAGAAAAAGAGGACCAGCUGAUAAAGACGAAUUACUUUAUUGGGCUGAUUUGGUUUUAAAUAGUAUCAUAGAAUCAAGGGUGGGAUGUCCAAUUGAAUUAAGGAGAAUAUUUCAUAAUAUAAGGAAACAAUGUCAUGCAAGAUGGGGAAAAGCUCAGUUAGUAAAUUCAUUUAUUUUUUUAAGAUUAUUCGUACCUGCUAUAAUUAACCCAAAUUUAUUCGGUCUGACUAAUAUAGCGCCAACACCCCCAGUUUCAAGAACAUUAACUUUAAUUGCUAAAAUAAUUCAAGCUUUAGCUAAUAAUAAAGAGGAAUUGGGUGAUAAAGAGCAUUUUAUGGGUGUAGUUUCACCAUUCUUACAAGAUCGUAAUAGGAGGUUCGCAUUUAUUGAUUAUGUCGCAUAUGUUGGAAACGAAGAUUCAGCUGCAUCAUAUGAAACAAGUGAAGAGAUAUCUAUAAAUGAAUUAGCAAAAUCUGUUGAAAGAACUUCGGAUGAAAGGUUUAGUAAUUAUAAGCAUGAUAUUUAUAGGGAAUCGUUACCAAAUUCAUUCAAUGGUAUAGAUUAUUCAAGAGGAUUAGCAUCAUUUACAAAUGAUCUCACUAAUCUAUACAAUAAACUUCAAAUGAAUGAUUUACAGAAUAGGGAUCAUCAUAUCAAGAGGAAAUCAUUAGAUCAUACGACUUUGGAACUUUUUGAUGCGAGUUUAGAAAUACAAGAUGAAGCCAGAAUUUUAUGGGAAACUCGACAGAAGCAUAAAAGGAAGGCUAAUUCAGCCUAUGAAGCGUCAAAAGCAAAUAAGUCAGAGUGGUUGAGUGAUCAACAAGAUGGUAGAACUAUGAGAAAAGCUAGUUUGUCUAGUUCGGGUACAGCUACAUCUGGUAUGGAUGCUCAAUCGAGAAAUUCAUCAUCACAUCGUCGUAGAGGAUUUACGAUUACUGGAUUAAGUGCAGCUGGUAACAAUAAUAACAGUAAUAGCAAUAAUACACAAACUAAUAAUAACUUAACACCUAAUCACCAGAAGUUUAUGACACUUAGUAGAGGUGCUAGCGAUUAUUAUGCGAGGCAAUUUGAGGUAGAAAGGAGAGCAAGCUCACCAAACACGCAAGAGACAUUUAAGGAUGUCAGAGCAACGCUGAGUAAAUAUAAUAUAAGUAACGAUGUAGUUCCAGAAAACUCAUCACCACACAAUCACCAAAUACCUGUCAAUAGCUUCUACGAAAGUAGGUCUAAGUCAAGAGCGAGUGUGAGGAACUCGAUAGUGAAAGGAGACCAAGGACAAGGACAUUCAAAGGAUGAUAACUAUGUUGACAAUAGGAAGAAAUCAAGUUUUUUUAAAUGGACAAAGUAGAGUAUUUUUUUAGUUAGUUACACUUUUUAAUAGAAGGCGAGAUAA